UUUUGAAGUCCGUGCUCUUUUAGCUUUCAAUUCUACCAACAAUGUAAGUUUAGAAGAACAAACAAUUAGAAAGAAACUCGAAAACAGUAAUAUCACAGAAAACUUGAAACUCCAUAACGUGAUUGUUCAUUCAAUUGAAAAAUGUUUGGAGCAGGAACAGCCUUUGAAUUACAUUUGGAAAGAAACUGGACCAAGAGACACUGCCACCACUAGCUGCUAUGACAACCCUACCCAGAUUGCAUCACGAACAUGCUUUCUAAGCAUGAAUGAUUACACAUCUUACUGGGGUACUCCUGAUCUUAGAAACUGUACAGAAAAUGCUGCUGACAUAGCCAACCAGCUACUGAAUCUUACGGGAGAAGGGCAGCAGUUGACUUCAGACAAAGUCAAUGAUGUGAUCCAGAAACUAAAAAAAAUUGUAAAUGAUGAAGAAAUCAAUGAAUCCUUGGGUUCUACUGUGAUCACAAUAUUUUCUAAUAUUUUAACUAGUUCUGAUAAUGUAUUGGCUGCAUCAUCUUCUGAAGCUAUAAAGACAAUUGAUGCCUUGGCAUUGAAGAUUCAGUUUAUAGGUCCUUCCAUGAGCAUCUCAACCCGAAACUUGGCGCUUGGAGUUUCAUCCUUGAAUUCUUCUUUAUUCAAUGGCUCUUCCUUCAAUGUUGGUCCUCAGAACAAUGCUUCAGAUUUUCAGAUUGAUUUUGGUAAAAACCAAGAAAAUUCUCUUGCUACUAUUUCUUUGCCUCCAAGUUUGCUAAAUAAUUUAAAUCAAGAAGACCUUGAAGCAAUAUCCAGGGCUCAAUUCACCUUUUUCAAUAAAAAUGGACUUUUCCAGGAUGCAGAAACUCCUUCCAAUUUAACCAGUUACGUGGUAGCUUGCAGUGUGGGGAACACUACUAUCCGUGAUCUCAAGGAGGCUGUGAAAAUUACAAUCAAGCAUGCAUUCAAACAUGACAACAUCCAGAAGGCUCCUAAUACCACUUGUGUUUUUUGGGAUAUGAACAAGAACAGAGGCCAAGGUGGAUGGAAUACAACAGGCUGCUAUGCACUUCCCGAGUCAAAUGAAAAUGAGACUGUCUGUCUCUGCAAUCAUCUUACACAUUUUGGCAUAUUGAUGGAUUUGCCAAGAACAGCUUCACAAAUAGAUUCUGGAAAUACCAAAGUCCUUACUUUCAUAACAUAUAUUGGUUGUGGUAUAUCAGCCAUAUUUUCUGCUGCAACCCUUCUGACAUAUAUCACUUUUGAAAAGCUGCGAAGAGAUUAUCCUUCUAAAAUCCUAAUGAAUUUGAGCACAGCUUUGCUGGGCCUAAAUCUGGUCUUUCUCCUGGAUGGUUGGAUUGCAUCCUUUGACAUAGAAGGCCUCUGCAUAGCUAUUGCUGCUCUCCUGCACUACUUUCUUCUGGCAACUUUCACCUGGAUGGCCCUUGAAGCUGUUCAUAUGUAUAUAGCUUUAGUAAAAGUGUUCAACACUUAUAUUCGCCGAUACAUAUUAAAAUUUUGUGUCAUUGGUUGGGGUUUUCCAGCAUUGGUGGUAAUUAUUAUUCUAGCAAGCACCCAUGCCAAUACAAAUAAUAUUUACAGCAAUGUUUUGAAUGACAAAAAUAAUAAGGAACAAGGUGGAGAUGAUUUCUGUUGGAUUAAAAGCACCAUUGUAUUUUACGUGACUUGUGUUGGCUACUUUGGAAUCAUGUUCCUUAUGAACAUUGCCAUGUUUGUUGUGGUGAUGAUGCAAAUAUGUGGACGAAAUGGGAAACGGACCAAUAGAACUAUGCGGGAAGAGAUCCUGAGGAACCUUCGUAGUGUUAUUAGCCUGACUUUCCUCCUAGGCAUGACGUGGGGUUUUGCUUUUUUUGCCUGGGGACCACUAUAUCUUCCUUUUGUGUAUCUCUUCUGUAUUUCCAACUCAUUGCAAGGUUUAUUUAUAUUUAUAUUCCACUGUGCAAUGAAAGAAAAUGUACAAAAGCAAUGGAGAAGGCAUCUUUGUUGUGGACGAUUCAGGCUGGCGGAUAACUCAGACUGGAGUAAAACAGCAACUAAUAUAAUAAAGAAGAGUUCAGACAAUCUGGGGAAAUCCUUAUCUUCCAGUUCUAUUGGUUCUAAUUCAACAUAUCUGACUUCCAAAUCCAAAUCCACAUCCAACACCUACCAUAAGAGGAACAGCCAUUCUGACAAUGUUUUUCUUGACAAGCCUUCAACAAAAUACAUCCAAGUGGACAUGGAACAGACGUCAAUCAUCCCAGUUCACCAAGUCAUUGACAAAGUGAAAGUUUACUACAAUACUCAAUCAGACAAUUUCUAUAGAAAUAUGAUCAUGUCAGAUUCCCUGAGCCAUAGUACAAAAUUCUGAAUAUCUGGGUUUCUGGAAGAAGACAAGUCAACAAACAGCAUAAAGAUUAUUAAGUGUUGAACUUGUGGGACUGGCUGAAGAUAUAAAUUCUAUCAAAACGUUGUGCUUUAUCCAGUUAUAUAAGCUGUUCAGCUACCUAUAUUUGGCGAAACAGAACAUCUAAUUAAUUCUCUCCAUUGAUCCAGCAUUGAUGCUGGCACUCUUUUAUCAACAGUUCUCAAGCAUCUACACAGUGACAUGUUUAUUAAUCCCAUUUAUAAUCAUGCAAAAUUAAGAAUCCUGAAACGCCCAAAACUAAAGCUUGUAACUUCCAAAGACAUUUCCAGAGCAUGCUGUUAAGAUGUGAUAUGUGUGUGUGUGCGCGCGCGCGCGCACACACGCAUGUGUGCGGCACACAUGUAGCCUUACACAGAGAGAGCUAUACAAUUGUGCAUGUCUGUAAGUAUAAAUGGAUCCCCUUGUUUAAUAUAAUCAAAUCUUCUCUGAAAAAAGAGAUGAUAGCAUAUUCUGCUUGUGGCACAAGCAGAGGUCUGAUUGUGCAAUGCUAGAGAGGUCAUUUGAAACUUUUUUUUUACACAGACAAGACAAAGAAAAACUAUUUUUUAGAGAAUUUAUGUGCCUGAUUUAAAGAAACCAAAAGUGCUUCAAAGAUUAUCUUAACUCUUAACUCUUGCUUGCAAACUCUGGGCCAUAUUUAUUAUUUUAUUAUUUUUUAAUGGCAGAAGUAUUGAAGUGUGCAUCUUUGAUUUUGGAAGAACUUAAUGAAGUGUUUUAUGUUAACUUGAAAGUUUGCCUAGUUAUAGACCAAAAGAAACUGAGCUGUUGAAUAUGUCACGGUUGCUAUGCAUCUUCAUCAUGAUCAAAGAAUAGAAAUUCUGAAUCAGUCCAAUAUUAUAUAUAAACUUUCAUCAGUUUUUUCCUAAUUUGCUUUAUUUUUACAUCCUUAUUUAUGUGGAAUUCCAGGCUGAAGCAUGUUUUCCAUUUAUUUAUGUCUUAAGAGCAAUGUUUAUUAACCUGUACAAAUCAAGUUACUGCCAAUUCUUACACCUUUUCACCCAGAUAGACCUUUUCCAAGAUAUGUAUUGACAAAUACUUAACAAGAAAUCUUUAUCAUUUCAGAUAUACACAGCUGCUGAAACAAUUGAGAUUUUCACACGUAAGCAUAGCGAUCAUGCCAUCUAUUCUUCCCUUCAUACAGUAUUUUAAAUUACAGAUUAUAUUAUUACAUUCUCUGUAGCACAUAUACUUAGAUUUACUAAAGUCAGUACACCACAUCUCUAAAGGAGAAUGUUGUUAUGUUCAUUGUUUACAAAUAUAAUACAAAUUCUCUUUGUAUUUGGAGUUAAGGACUCCAAAUAGUUUAAAAAAAUUAUAUGCUAAAUAUAAAACAAUAUUUGUCACUUGCUCAAUUCUUUAAUAACUCUUUCUGUGUGCUACUUUAUUUAAUCUCCCAGUAAUAUAUAGCAUAAUCUCCAGUAUGUCUUAGAAGUAAUUCCAACUGAAUACAAGGAGGCUUAUUUUAAGGAAAAUUUGUACAGAAUUGCAAAUUUGUCCAGUGACUGACAGGUGAUCAUAGGAUUUCCCCCUCUUUCUAUGGCAAUAAUCUCUGCAUGCUUAUUUUCAAAAUACAUUUCAACUCCAUCUGUUUUAUAGCUGUUUAAGAACUACAAUUUAUUAAUUUUCACCAUCAGAAUUGUCAAAUUAAGUUGCCCCGUAGCACCAAAGUUCUUUGGCUUCAAAUUAUUUAAUUUGUUUUAUAAUCCCUAAAAGGAAUUAUUUGUCAUGGGUUAAGGAUUUAAUUUAAUAUGAGUGAAUGAUUCCUUAUGACAUCAAAUUAUACCAGAAUUUGAUGGGAUCAAAUAGCUUUACUGAAGAGAAUGUUUUGUUCUUAUGUGCCUUCUAAAAGAUUAGUUUAUAUCUCUUAAUAAAUUUCAGAAAGUAGCUUAUGUAACAUUUCUUCUGGAUAAAAAUAUUCAAAAUAAGGGAAAAUGUAGUUCUGUAUAUGGUAAUUAAAAGUAAAUAAUAUGAAAAUGGUAAGUAAUGCUUGACUUUCAUUAGGAAAAUUGUAAUACUUUAGUUUCCCCUUAAGAUGGUUUUAUCUGACCAGAUUAAUGUGAAAUGUGCCUAUAUUUUAGCCAAAUAAGAAUAUUCUUUGCAUUUACUACCAUGUAGUAAUCCUUAAAAAUUAUAUCAGAUAAAUAGUUUUUCCAGUGCUGUUUUUUCAUCAUAUCGUCUUUCUGUAUAGAUCUUUGGUUUUCUUAUCAGCAAAGCUUAACUUUCUUUGUAUAUAUUUAUUUAUUUCUGAGGUUCAAAAUACGUCAGCAUAUUUCAGCUGCACUCUAGCAGUCUUUGUAAUUAUAUGCAAACUUUAAGUGAUAGGGAGAAAAAUAGGUUUGCGUUUGUGAAUAUGUCUGCAUGUUGGAUUUGCUAUGUGUACAGUUUAUUGGGUAAGCUUUUGUUUAUCACGGAAAUACUGAUAUAAUUUCAAACAUUAGUUUCUAGGGACUAGUGAUACAAUUUAUACAAACAUUGUAACAUCAGUAGUCUAAGUCAUUAAAAAUUUUCAAAAAUUGUGAGUGGCUCUUGAUUCUUUGCAACUGAUCAACAAAAUUAUUUGGUAGAAUGCCGAAUAAUAACCUAUUUCAGUGAUGGCUAAACUUUUUGUCAUCACAUGCCGAAAAU